UCGAUCGCGGGGCGGCCCGAGCGCCUCGAUGUCGCUUCCUAUCGGCCAAAGGCGCUUGACGCCGGUGGUCAUAUUAUCGCUGGUUGUCGCCGCGGCUCUGGGCAAGAAGACUCGGCCGACGGGGUCGCUGCAGGCGCUUUACGAUUUCUCGCGCGCCGACUGCCUCGCGGGCAGCUUUGGCAAGUCCAGCGGGAAGUCGGCCAGCUUGGGCGCGGUCGCCGUCGCUGGUUCGGGGAGCCACUGCCUCGAGGGCGUGGGCCUGGGAAUGGACGGAGCGCGGUCUGGCACGGCGGCCGCCUCCGCCGGCACCAUCUCUGACGCGCUCCCCGCCAUCACCUCGUCCGGCGCAUACUCUCUCGAGGUGUGGGUGCGCGCCGCGCCGCAGUCGAGCGACGCUUCCCUCCCGAUCCUGGCGAUCGGGACGGAGGGCGCCUUCCAGGAUUCGAGCCCCUGCGACAAGGACCUCUUUGGCGUCGCGCUCAUGCAGCGCGGCAACAAGGUCGAGGUGCAGCUCGCCUCGUCGUCCUAUUCGUCUCGGGCCGACUCGUACAACUGCAUCGUGAUCGGGCCGGAAGUGCACGCGGGAAGCUCCGACUUCUUCACCGCCACCGCCGCCGACCUCGGCCCGCCCGUGCAGAUCAUGGUCGUCGUCCAGACCGGCAAGCCUGCCAAGGUGUACCACAACGGCAAGCCGGUCGCCGGGCUGAUCGACGCCCUCAGCGCUCAGCAGUCGGACGUGUCGACCUACGCCUUGCAGCCGCAGUUCGACCUGUGGACGGACGCGUACAAGCUUCUCCUCGGGCCGGUCCCCUACACCAAAGGCGCCAAGGUCGGCUGGGACGGCGAGCUCCUCCUAGUCGCGAUGCACUCGUCUGCGCUGACCGCGGCGCAGGUCCAGGACUCGUACUCGGCGUGGCUUGCCGACUCGGCGCCGCUCGCGGGGGAGCUGGCGCUCACGACGGUGGAGGACACGCCGUUCCUGAUCACUCUCAACGGGACCGACCCCUUCGACGCAAAGUACAACCCGACCGGCGCCUCCAAGCUCUCGUACACCGUGACCAAGCUGCCGGCGCCGGAGCACGGCUUCCUCAUCGCGGGCCACGCGGGCGCAAAGGCGCCGCCGUCGGGCGCGACGCCGCUGACCGGGCCGACGAAGCUGAGCAGCGCGAGCCUCUGGUUCACGCCCUACCCGGACCUCUUCGGCACCGCCGCAGCCACCUUCGAGUACCAGGUCUCCGACUCGAAGGGCGGCGCCUCGGAGGCGGCGACCGUCACGAUUGACAUCACGCCGGCCCCGGGGGGCGCCAAGGGGGACUACCAAUACGGCGGGGAGGGGGACAACAACAAGGGGGCGCAGGGGGCCCAUUUCCUCGACGAGGACUCCUUUCCGUUUGGAGCCUGCCACCAGGAGGGGGAGGGCUCCAAGGAGGAGGACGGGGCCCAGGGGACCCUCAAAAUCAAAAACGGCCUGGAGGGGGACCCCAUUUUGUCCACCAUUGCCGAGGAAACGGAGGGACUGUUGUGCCGCCGGUCGGAAGGCGGCCGCACGACCGGCGAGGGGGGCGGGACCGAGGCGGCGCCCGACCUCUCCUUCGCGGUCGUCACGCCUCCGACGAGCGGCGCCCUCUACCAGUGCGUGCCGCCGCAGGGAGGCAGCACGCCGUGCGGGGGGACCAAGGCUUGCCCCUGCUGCAUGCCCGACGACUGCGGCCUCACGCCGCUCGCCGCGGCGGACGCGGUCGAGGACGCCACCGGCCGCGUGCUGUACAAGCCGGACGACGACUUCUUCAACUGCCCGACAAAGGCGAAGGAGUGCAGCGCGGCGGUGGCGGUGGGCGAGUCCGUGAGCUUCGUCUACGAGGUGCGCGACGCGGACAGCCGCCGCUCGCCGCCCGCCACCGCGGAGGUCUGGGUGAAGAAUGAGCCCGACUACCCGUACCUGCGCGGCCCGCGCGAGUUCGACGCAGAGGUCUUCCAGGAAGUGAGGCUCCCGGCCGGGCUCGAGAUUGGCGACCCGGACAAGGACCUCGAGAAGUGGGGCGUCACCAUCUCGACCGGGGCGGAGUACGGCGGCUUCAUCCGCGCGGACCCGGAGAAGCUCAAGUACAUCAUGGGCGAUGGCAGAAGCAAGUUUACGUCCUUCACGGCGUACCCGUCCGCCGCUGGCGGCGCGAUUGUCGGUGCCAAGUACAUGUCGCUCGGCAAAGAUGCCGAGGCGUACAACGACACGAUCUCAAUCAUCGUCCAGGACCCGACUACUAAGUAUAUCCUCCCGCCGUGCCCCGACGGGUUCGUGACGCUGACCAAGGACGACGUCGUCGGGCUGGACACGUCCGUGUGCGGAUGGCAGAUCCAUGUCAACAGCCUCCCGCCUAGCGAGAGCCAGUUCGUCGAUGCAGCGGCCAAUUUGCCAAUCUCGUCGCUGAUCGCCACGUGGAGCCUGAUCGGCGCCGUGCUGCUCUGGUUCGGCUGGCAGCUCUACGGCUGGCUGUGGAACGUGUGCAACCCGGAGGAUGUCGAGACGCGCGCGGCAGAGCGGUACGAGGUGCUCGUGCAGAAGCGCGAGGCCAAGAUGCGCGGCUCAAUCUCGCCCGACGUUGGGAUGGGCGGCGGCGGACUGCCGACCACCGGCAAACAGGCGCGGCGUUGGACGCUUGAGUCGUUUGGGAAGGGGGGGCAGGAGGGGGAUGGCGACGUCGACGGGGGCGGCGACGGCGACGUCGUGGCGCCAAUGGGCUCGCUCCGCUCGUGGGCGAAGUCCAAUUAUGCGCGGCGCCAGUCAGAGAGAGAAGCUGCGCUCGUGAGCGCGUUGGCGCGGCCGUCGCGGCCGCCGCCGAAAGCGCCGCAACCAGCGAACGUGGACCUUGAGGGAUGAUGGGCGGGCAGGACCGGGCGUGGUUCGAGACUCUGGCGGUGGGCGCGGCCGGCGGGCUUCCGCGCACCGCUCUAUUACGUUCCGUGCUGUGUUCGGUUUUCAGUGCUGUGUCUCUCUUUCUUGUGGUGUUUUGAAACAUGUGCCGUGUACUUUGUU